AUGGAGUCACUACAACAUUUCUUGACUCUUCAUAUAAGAUGUGUGGGACACUGGACAAAGCGACUCUACAAUGUCGUCAGAGAACGUCAGCUCGCUCUUCUUGAAGACGAACCAGGCUUUGGCGAGAUCGACAAAGAACACGACUCACCUUUAGAGGUCAUCGUUGAAGUUAGUUCUACCAAGAGUACAUCAGCCGUGGAGUCUAACAGCCAGCAGAGCACCACCUCGGAUAUACCAAUUGAUAAUAACGGACGUAGAUCUUCAAAAACAUACAACAAAAGAAGGAGAACCGCAAGAGGUGCAACCAACUUAGGCUUCGUGCCAGAAUUACCGAACGGUGACAAAGAUGGAACCAAGACCGUAACAGAGGGCAAACCAUAUAACACUGGUCAGAACGAUGAUGAAUCACUUGCACAGAAAGUGAAUCCAACACAAUUAAGUCUUCCACGUAAAGCUGAUCACCCAUCUGCUUCCCAAGGUGAUUGCCAACCGAUGCCUCACAAAGAGCUGGGCGAAAUAUCUAUGACUUUAGCGGUCAAUGGCAACAGUUUCAAAAUGAAAUCGUUGAACUCUCGCCAAAGCAUUGAUGUACAGGAGGCACCUCGAGGGAAUACCACCAAAAGACAAUCACUGAGGGUUAGACUGUCUCUAGCUGGUCGGCAAAGGAGAAGCGUCUGUGGAAAGCCAAACGGCGAUGUUAACAGGAAGAUGAGUUUAGUGACGUUAAGAAGGAACGGUGCCCGACAUUCGUUGGAUCUGUCAAAGGAUUUAGGCGGUACACCUCACACUGGAUUGGAAGUUAUAUUAGAUGGUCCGUAUGGGGCACCUGCGCAGCAUAUCAUGGAGGCUGAACAUGCCGUACUCAUCGGGGCAGGAAUAGGCAUCACACCGUUUGCCUCUAUCCUACAGAGCAUACAUGAGAGAUAUAAGGCGGCCAAGAAGCAGUGUCCAAACUGCAACCAUACUUGGGUGACCGAUACAUCAUCUAUCCUGAAAACCAAGAAGUGUCAAGUCUGA